AUGCCGUCGCGCGCGCGAUCGCGCGGUCGUCGGCGAACGCGCGUCGUCGUCGCCCUCGUCGCGUGCGUCGCGUGCGUCGCGUCGUCGUCGAGCGCGUCGAGCGCGUCGUGCGCGCGUCCUCGCGCCGGGUACGGCCCGCCUCGCGCGCGCACCGCGGCGUGCGCCGACGCGCUCGCGCGCGGCGCGCCGCCGCCGACGCCGCUGUGCGCGUACUUCGACGCCGUCGGCGGGAUCGUCGCGCGGUUGGGGCGCGGGUCGGACUACGCGGGGACGCGCGACGCGUCGGCGAGCGGGAAGACGUGCGCGGCGUGGUCGAGGGUCGAGCGCGUCGACGACGCGGUCGUCGACGACGCGGAUCGUAAUUACUGUCGCAACGGACGGCGCGGACACCCGCUGCGGUACGGACCGUGGUGUUACGUGGACGAGGGGACGGCGGCGUGGGAGUAUUGCGACGGAAUUCCGAGUUGCGAAGACGACGACGCGGAGAAGAAGUCAAAAGAGCACCCGAUUACGUUUUACGACGAUUUGGCGACGUUGAUCCUGGAGCGGCGGGAUGACGGGGGCAUGGACGAUGCGCCGCGCGGAUCGUCGUCGUCUCUUCUCGAAAGACUCGGCGAUACGUUUUCGUAUUCGAUGAUUUACGACGCGUCGGUGGACGUCGAUUACCCGUCGCCGGACGCGUCGCCGUAUUACGACGUCUCGGGGCGUUUGAAAUCGUUCAUAUUCGCCACGGCGGCGUUACACACCGCGGAGAACUGUGGCUUGGGCUCGAUCGCCUCGGGAUCGUCGAUCGCCUCGGCGAUCGCGCGCUUGGGUUCGAGCGAAAACGUGUAUCCGGAAUACGUCCUCGACUACGUCGGGCGCAGGCUCCCGUCCGCCGUUCAACACGGCGUCGUCUCUGCGUGGGAUGACCGCGCCCUUACUUCGCGACGGGCGUGGGGGAAACGCUCGCGUGAUCUUUACGAUUCCUUGCGGUGCGCGGCGAACGCCGCGCCCGCCGUCGUCGCCGCGGUCGGGCACAACGGUUUGUAUCUCGGCCUCGAUUACAAGCUCUCCGCGGUGUUCAAUCCGAUGGUUUUUCGAUCCCUCGACGACAUCGAUUGGCCAGACGCUUUGGUCGAUUCGAUUUGCGCUUUCGGGGAAAACGUUACCGAAUCAUCCGACGACGAUCGAAACCAUCGCGCGUUCUUCGAACUCGUCGAGGCACUGAAAGUCUCGCGGUGCGCGGACGUCUCGGAAAAUCUCGCGGGCGCGGCGAUUCGCGACGACGAAUCAUCGUCGGUCGCUCGGACGUACGGCUCGUACAUCCACGGUCGACAGUUGACCUUGCUCGUGCCGUUCUCCAUCUUCGCCGGCUUUCUCGUCCUCAUCGUCGUCUACGCCGUCGGUAGAUUUGAUUUCGAAACCGGGCGGGAUCACUCCGACCUCGACCUCGACAACUCGUACUUGGACGACGCGGAUUCCAUCCAACACUCGAAACUGAGCGGCGGUGGUGCUUACGGUCGGGACACGUCGUCACACAAGUCGCUCAACAUCGCGGGGUACUCGAUCAUAGACAUCAUCGGUCGGGGAGCGAAUAGCGUGGUGUACCUGGCGUCCGUGCGCGACCCGGACGAUUUCACCGUCACGACUUUGGUCGCCAUCAAGGAACCGCACGACAGGUACAAGACCAAGGCGGAGAUUGGAUUCUUGGAAACGAUCAAAAAGAGCGAUUAUUUGUGCGAAUACCUCGGACCCGUCGUGGAACCGCGAAGUCGAACGUGGAUGAUGAUGUUUGAGUUGUGUCAGCACGGGUCGCUGAGAAAUUGCUUGAAAGAAAACACGUACCCGCGCGACGGGGCGACGAUUUUCAAAGCCAUCAAGAUGAUGAUUCAAGGCGUCGCGCACGUGCACGCCGCAAACUUGGUGCAUCGUGAUAUUAAGAUGGAUAACUUUCUCGUGGCGUGCGAGUGUCAAGGCUAUCGCGGCUCGCAACUCUCGAGGCGAUGCCGCCGCAACCACGUGAUUAAGAUUUCAGACCUCGGUUUGGCGAAAGCGGGUAACAUGAUGUUUGAUUCCAGCGCGCGACUCACCGGGACGCUGUGUUACGUCGCCCCCGAGCGAUUGAAAAUCGUGCCAGGGUCAAUCACGCCCGAUAAGUAUCGACUGGCUGAUUUGUACGGCAUCGGUUUGGCGGCGUGGGAGUUGCUCUAUUACGCGCAGUUUGGGCAAGCCAAACACGUGAUCGAAGACGUCGUGCCGGACGAAAACGAACGACAGAUGCUCGUCGACGCGCAGCUUGUGAUGUUGAUUUCCACCGGUCGCAUGGUGCCGAGCACGAUGUGGAUGAUGCCGAGCCUGCAGGCCUGGCUCAACCGUUGCGUCGCGUUCGACGAGGGAAAACGAUUCAACUCCAUCGAGAUAGCGCUGAGGGAGUUGAUGAAGUUAGAACGAGACUUCAUAGAUGCAUUUCCAGGGAACGUCGACUACGGGCUCAAUGUUUCGUACGACGACGACUCGAGCAGCGCCGGGAGCGCGGGCGAAGUCGGCGUCGCGAGCAGCCUUCUUCGCCGUUCGACGAGGCGGCGUUAG